CAAUGCAAAAGCUCUGUCCGAUAUUUCAUCUCCCUCGUAAAUUCUCAAUAGGCUGAUUGACAACAAAAGGCACUUGUAUUUUGAUGAGUAUUGUUGUUUUAGAUGUUUCUUUAUAAAUAAGUGUUCUGUGCGAAACGGCUGUAAUCGUGAUUUACAUCGUGGAGGAAAAAAUAUGAAGAGAAGAAAUGCCGAAACUGGCAAGAUGCGGCGCCCCCUAAAGCGCACAAAAAUCACUGAAGGAAUGUACGGAAACUCCAUGCUUUACCUGAAGUUCGUCAUGCUCUGGGCGACUGUAGUGAUGGCAGAUUACAUGCUGGAAUUCAGGUUUGAGUUCCUCUGGCCGUUCUGGAUGCUGCUGAGAUCUGUAUAUGACUCGUACAAAUAUCAAGGACUUGCGUUCUCAUUAUUCUUCAUUUUCAUCGCGCUGAUGUCCGACAUAAUCUGCUUCUUCUUCAUACCGCUGCAGUAUAUAUUUUUCGCCGCGAGCACAUAUGUGUGGGUGCAGUAUGUCUGGUAUACAUUCGCCGACAAAGGCGUGUGCCUGCCCACGGCGGCGAUAUGCUGCCUGGUGGUGUACGUGGAGGGCGCGCUGCGCGGCUCGCGCGGCUCGCUGGCGCUGUGCCGGCCGCUGGCGGCGCACUGCGUGGGCUUCCCCGCCGCGUCGCUGGGGCUCGGCGCGCGCUCGUACGCGGCGCUGCGCCUGCGCCUGCGCCGGCAGCGCCGCGUGCGCGCCGAGAACGAGUUCUACUUCCAGCUCAUGCGGGACGCGAUACCCGAGAGCGCUUUAGAACAGAACCAGCCUCGCAAAGACGAGAAACCGUCGGAGCACGCGGAGGGCGCGGCCGACACGCGACACGUCAACGGGCACGUGCGGAAGAAAUGUCGCGACCACAACGGGGACGCCACCACUAAGUUACAGUUAGAAAAGUUAGAAAAGCCGGUGUCUCAGCCGCACAAGAGCUCGAUGAACGGUCACGCGCUCAGCAACGGCAGCGCCACCGCCGUGGUGGACGACGCCGACAGGCACGACCACGGGAAAGGUGGUGCCAAAAAUUCAAAGUGUGAUAAGAAGGAGGCUAGUACGUUAAGAGAAGAAAAGAGACGCAGUAAAAACAAGGACAAAGAUAAGGAGAACGAUAGUCAUAAGAGUACAGAACAAACAAAAGAACAAAUAGUUAAAGAUGUAGAAAUUACAAAAGAAAGUGUAAAAAGUAAGGAGUGUAACGGUUACAAAGAGGACAAGAGAGAGAAGGAGAGAGAAACGAGGGAGAGGGAGAGAGAACGCGAGCGGGAACGGGAACAGCGUGAAAUCCGCGAAUGCUCCGAGGAGCUGAAGCGCUUGAAAGCGGAGCUGGCGAGCGCUGUGCGCGGCGAGGGAGAAGCGCGGCGCGCGCUGGCCAGCGCGGCGGCGGCGGAGCGCGCGCGCCGCGCCGACCACGCGCACCUCAAGCAGGCCUACGCGGCGCUGCAGCACAAGAUGACAGUAUGGCGCGCGGCGGAGCGCCGGCGGCCCGACACGCAGAUACUGCGGCACACGAGGCACAGCGGUGAAUGCGACAACGAGUGGUGUAGAAGCCGUCGUUCCGGUCUCGAGAAUGAGACCUCCACUCUCCGCAGGGAGCUGGCCAGAGCGAGAGACUCCGCCAUGCGGCUGCAGAGAGAACUAGAGCAGAUGCGGUCGGAGGCGCUGGGCGAGGAGGCGCCCCCGCGGCUGUGGCAGGCGCUGACGGAGCGCUCGCAGCAGCUGGAGCAGUCUCUGUCCGACGAGACGCGCGUCAAGCUGGACCUGCUGUCCGCCCUGGGGGACGCCAAGCGGCAGAUACACAUACAGGAAGGCGUAAUAGCGCACAAAGACAAAGAGAUCUCGGAACUGAAGGCGCAGUUGCUCGCGUUGCUGCCGAGCGAGGCGCUGCGCUCGCCGCUCGACCCCAACGCCAGCGUCUACACUCCCGCGCAGCUCUGCUCCGACGCGUGAGAGGCACUACUACAGUAGUAGUGGUACUACUGCCGCCACUACCACACCACUCCGAAUUGGGCUACUACAGUCAACCGACGGUUGAACGUUCGUAUAAAGUUUGUUUACUCGCCCGGGAAACUAUUGCUACAGCAAAAUAAACUUUACCGCCAACAGUGAUCACGUGUGUUUUUGCCUAAAUUUGUUGUGUCAAUAAAGUCAACAAUGCGUUAAUUAUCACUACUUACACAGGACAAAUUUAAUACUGUUUAUACCAGGGAUAGUGAAUUGGAUGUGUUUAUGACUAAAGUUGAUUUGGCCGCUCACUCAUAUAAUUACUGCUGUCUGCAUCGACGGGUGAGCUACUACUACUAAUUUACAACAACUACUACUUUUUAACAACAUAAUGUAAUUAUGUUCAUAUUUCACCGUUGUAAUCGACACACAAUUUUUUUUUACUCUAGUUACAAAUACAUCCGAAUAACUGUAUCUCUGAUUUUUACGAUAGGAUAUCAAAGGUUGGUCAGGACUAUUUUGAUAACUAAAGAAAUGAAUACGUUUAUUUGGUAUAGCUUGACAAGAAAAAUAAUAUACCUCGCCAUAUUGCGGAUAAAAAAGUGAAUUAAAAUGUUAAGCCGGCAACAAUAAGCAUAACUCACACAGUCUUGUUUAUGGCUACUUUUAUGACUGUACAUAUUCUGUAACAGGUCUCUUUAUAUUUGCCUAUGGUGCACUAUUGUCAAAUAACAUGACUUUCACUCAAUUUCGACAUAACUAUUUGUUGUUGCUAUUUAAAACGCAGAACUAGCGCCCCCGUUGACAUAUCUGCUAUAUUUCUGAUUUACAUGAAUUCACAUACAUUUUGAACUAUUGUUUCUCGUAUAAUAACAAUGUUUAUUUUAAUUUUAUUAUGAGAAAUGUCUGUUGUUUUCACGUAUUCUGUCGGUUAGAUAUAAACAAUUUACAAAUAACAUGAAUAAAACACCUGUUGUGUUUCACAACUAAUUAAUACCUAAAAGUACAAUUUAUAUUUGCUUAACUAAAAGUUUAAAGGAUGUUCGCGUAAUAUUAAUUCCUAAUAGUCGGAUAUUGAUCAGAAUAAGGUACAAAUAUUUUAAUGAUGGGUAUUGAAAACAAGAGUGAAUCACUUUUGUUGUAACAAAUAAAAGAACGAUCGCGAGGGUCAAGAUGUUCAAAAAUUUUUUUUAAAUAACACAUUUUCAAAUAUUUGUACUUAAUUUGUAAACACUUUAUAACCGCAUGCGACAACUGAAUAUUGUUAUUAAAAAUCUAGUGUUUCUACAUAAUUUGGUUAAUUUUCGUUCGUUCUACGUUUCGUUUAUACGACAUGAUUAAUUCAGUAUAAAAAAAAUGCCACCUCUAAUUUUACGGCUACAGGUUUUUGUAUGGGCCCUUAUUGAUCUCAUUCGUUAAUUUUUUUACGGUUCAGAAUGUCUAAGGGCCGUUUUGUUUGUAAUUUAUGUGUUAUUUUAAUAGUACAUUUUGCGCUUCCUUAUGUCGUACGGUAUCGUAAUUUUCAAAUGAUUGAAUAAGUAAGAUAUGAUUUGUAAGUAAUAUAACGUGUGUCUACUUAGACGUACGUUUCAAAAUUUCAUUUUCAAAUGAUAAUUAUGACAUUUACCAAUUAUCGGUUUGUGAGUAUUGAAACAAUAAUCUAAUUAAAUUCAUUAAUAAGAACAAUGUUUAUUAGUUGUACGCGUCUUAAGUGUGAUAGUAGCGACAUCUAUGCGUUUUAAAGUCCAUACAAAUAUCUGUAGAAUUAAGACCGAUCAAAAUAUUGUUAGUUUUGUAAUUGUGUACGCAAAAAAUAGAGCUUUAUUUUUUUUUAAUUUCGUCUUAACACAUAGUACCUGUUUGGAAACGAUAGAAUUGGCAAUUGUAAUCAGGCUAUUUCAAUCAUAUAGAAAUGUAACAAAUCUGCAAAAACACUCACGUAAGCUUCAGAUGGAAAUAAUUAAGUGAUGUAAAGAAAAAAACGUCAUUCGUUCGAGAAAAUUUUUUAACAUUGGAAUAUGUUCUGAGUAUUUUCGAGGUUGGUUAUAUUUCUUAGUUCAAUGCGACAGUUAUUCAUUCUUUCAAUUGUUAUAUUCGUCACAUAUUUUGUAUGCUAAUUGCUUGCUACUCUUAUUCGACGCAGAUACUAUUUUUAUUAUUUACACAUAGAAAUUGGAAUCUUGUAUCUUAUCUAUAAAGUUGAAAUUUCUUUUAAUGAAAUUAAUUUACCGUUAUAAAGUCAGCCUCUCCCAUUACCGGGCCACUGACUUCAAUGUAAUAUACCUAUGUACUAAAUACAUGAAACGAAGCAAUAUAUGAAUGAUUGAUAUUUGUUGAAAAGUCAUCAUAUGCAUUUUAAGCAAGUUUUGGAAUUCUGCCAUAAGGAGCAUAACAUAAAGUUAAUAUUUCAAUAGCAAUAUUUUAACAUUUGAAAUUUUAGCUUUAUUUAUGUUUGUGGCAAUUGGAAUUUCAUUUCAUAGUUAGCGUCAAAUUGCGAAAAUGUAUGCAAACAAUGCUUCUUACAAAAAUAGGAUCCUCAUAUUUUUAUAUAUAUAUCCCGAUAACACAGAUAUUUUUUCACUAAAAAAUAGAGCUAAUGAUCUCUUAACGCAUAAUGUGUGAGGUGGUGAUGUUAAGUCUUGUGUUCUUUGAAUUUUUGUGAUAAAUUGUACAAAUAAAAGAUCUGAAUCGAGUCUUCUCAUUUGUAAAUUGUAGUUUAUUGACGUUUUUAGUGGAAUUUUGUGCGUGAAAAUGUCGCGGCGCCUGUUUCUCGUUAAAUUGUUAUACUAAUAAUAAGGUUCAGGGGGCUAUUCAUGAUCGCUAACAAUGUGGGUUUUUUUCUGUCGUUUUCUAUAUUAUUGGUUAAUCUCAAAGUUAGAGAAAGAUAAGGCAUAUCAGACAUGUCAAAAUUGUGAAUACGCCCUCAAACCAAAAAAAAAAAAAACAACAAAUACGGUAUAGUGACUUAAUUGUGUUUUCGACAUGCAAAUAA